CAGUGUAUCGGUGCCAGAAGUACGUUGACUCAAACGCGCGCGGGUUACUUGUUCGUGCGCAAGCUCUGCGCUUAUGUCGUCGUUAUAGGUUCUACACAUCUAACGAAUAAUAUAAAUUCACCCACGCAGAGAUAUUCAAGUACAUCGCGCCGCUCGCUGCUGCUAAAGCGGCAGGGCCGCCUUCAGGCUCCUUGUCUAAAAAUAAACUAUUUUUUGAAUUUUUACCUCAAUCAAAUUUAGUAAUCUUUUGCAAACGGAAAUCUUCGUCGGACGGUGUUGAAAAGUUGUUAGUUUUUUUUGUUUGAUUUUUUUUUUCGCUAAUUUCUUUUCGAAUUUCAAAUUUUUUUCUCAUAUAGAAAGGUCGAUAGUACGAAACAUGGCAUCGAAUCGUAUCAUAGGAGACGGGAUAACAUGUCGCCAGGUACUGAAUAUCAUGGUAAUACUUGGAUUCAUGUUGAAUUACAUGCUCCGCGUAAAUCUCACAAUAGCUAUUGUCGCCAUGGUGGUACCGAGAAAUCACAGUAACGGAAAUCACUCAACAAUCCCUGAAGAUUCUGGGUGCGGAGGACCUACGUUGCACGAAUCUCCCGUCACGGAAUCUCCUCUAUUCGUAUACCCCGUCGGGUUAUCUGGGGAGAAUCAUACGGGGAACGCAAGCUUCCAGGAAACCGAGCAUCAUGUAUCGAAGAUGGACGUCUUGGAACAGACGAGGUACAUGUGGGACGAGUACGAGGUCAAUCUGAUUUUGGGAAGCUUUUUCUGGGGAUACAUUUGCACGGAGGUACCGGGAGGUCGACUCGCCGAAAUUGUCGGAGCAAAAAGAGUAUUCGGAUACAGUAUGUUAGCCGCGAGCGCUAUUACCUUGUUCACCCCAGUGGCAGCUUCAUUUGGCUACGUCGCGGUCACAGUUGUCAGAAUCAUAUUGGGACUGAUGUUGGGAGCCACUUGGCCCGCCAUUCAUCCCAUGACCGCCCGGUGGAUUCCCCCCAUGGAACGGAGCAAGUUUGUAUCGAACAUGAUGGCAUCCUCGUUAGGCGCGGCUAUUACCAUGCCGAUUUGCGGUUACCUCAUAGCAUCCUUGGGUUGGGAAUCGGUGUUUUACGUAACCGGAGGGAUCAGUUUGAUCUGGAGUAUCGUCUGGUUUUUGGUUGUCUUCGAUUCUCCCGCCCAGCAUCCUCGGAUUUCUUCAACUGAAAGAAGAUACAUCGAAGAGGCUAUCGGGACGGCUUCUUCCUCAAAGCACUUGGCCGUACCAUGGAAAGCGUUGCUGACCUCACCUCCGGUUUGGGCAAUCAUAAUUACCCACGGCUGCAACGUCUUCGGAUACUUCACCGUGGUCAAUCAAUUGCCGUCUUACAUGAAGUAUAUUUUGAACUUCAAUAUCAAGGAGAACGGUUUACUAUCAUCUCUACCGUAUCUCGGAAAGUAUUUAUGUGCAGUAUUCAUGGCGACCCUCGCCGAUUACUUGAGACGUAGUAAAAGAAUAUCCGUGACGACGAUCCGCAAAUCUUUCAGUGCCUUCGCACUAACGUUCCCGGGUAUCCUGAUGAUAGUUCAGGCUUAUCUGGGAUGUGACAGGGUCACUUCCGUCGUGAUAUUCACAACCGCCCUGACCAUAAACGGAGCGGUAACCGGUGGUUUUCUUGGGAACGGUUUGGACAUUGCUCCGAAUUUCUCCGGUACAAUUUUCGGAAUGGCGAAUACCCUGAGUUCGUUGGGUGGAACGGUCAGCAGUUUUAUGGUCGGUACGUUGACCUUCGAGAAUCAAACAUUCCCUCAAUGGAGGAUAAUAUUUUGGAUCCUCGCCGCCGUCUACCUAACCGGUGCUCUGAUGUUCACAAUUUUCGGUACCGGGGAACUUCAAUCUUGGAAUAAUUCAACCGAUUCGAGUGUUCCGGGUAAAGUAGCGAACUCAGAAAACGCUGUGCAUUCCGAGGAACUUGUAUCUCUGAAAGAUAAGACUGCAGCAUGAAGUGAAACUUCGACUUCAUCUUACUCUGUUUUCCAAAACCUUCCGCGAUCUGCAAUUUUUACUCGAACGAGAGGUCCGAACUCGCGUCGAAUAAAUAAAUAAUGGACGAUAUUCUAUUGUAUUUAUGCUCCAACGCAUCACGCAUCAUGUUACCAAGUAACGUUACCAUUUUGUAAAAUGAAAUACCAUGUAAAUAAAGAAUGAAUUUUUAUAAAAA